CCACUGUCACCUGGAGGAGCCACCUCAAGGAGCCACCUCGUCCACAGCUUUCCCUCCGUGAGUGAAGAGGCUGCUUUCCCCCAAGGGCUGGGACUCCUGGAUGGCAGUCUGUCCUGGGUGUAUGGCACUCUGUUCCUCUUCUCCCUCCCAAGUCCCUCUUACCCAUAAAUCAUGUCCCAAAAAGAACCCUUUCCCUUUCUCUCCCCAACACUGUUUCUAUGCCUGCUGCCUCUAGUGUGGGAGGGACGAGGGGUAAAAGCACUUGCCCCUGUCACCACCACACAUCCAUUCCACAUCCCCAACUGCCAUGGAAGAGAGAUGGCAAAUCACAGAAAAAAGGCAGGGUGCUGUGCACCAGGUGCCCCCAGUGCCCCUACACUGCUGCCUGUCUCUUGGAGGGCUCCCCUGACCCGCGUCUCUGUUACUUUUUCCAACCUACUUCUGGAAUCCCUGACGGGAGGAGGGGUAGGCCUGACAGACCAGGAAGGGCCCUCAGCUGGCAAGGCUGGAAUCCUCUAUGCCCUGGGGGGGGGGGGGGGGUGGCUCUGGGGAAGGCUAGCUUCCAGGAGCCUCCGGGGUCCAGAUCCCUGGACUCCUGGGAUGAGGAGCAGUGGCAGAAGAGGGAAGGGCAUUAGGAACCACUAAAGCUGCCCCUGAAGCGCCAGCUGUCCACGGGGACCCCGGAAGAAAAGGAAGGAGGUGUGGAUGGAAGUAUCCGCCUUCUUGAGUGCUGUCCACUAUCCGUGGGAGCAGCCCUAUCAUGGCCGGCUGCAGGCUAGGCCUUCUGCUACCGCUGCUGCUGACUGCCCACCCUGGACGCUCGAAGGCUCAGCACUGGUCCCAGGGCUGGUACCCCAGAGGAAAACGGGCUUCCAGCUCAGCCCAGCACCCACAGCACGUCCCAAGGCUCCCAGGAAGCGUCCUGGGCACUGCAGCAAGCAGACCAGACAAGGCUGCCCAUAACCUCCCAAGCUAUGCCCUGGCUCCCCCUGAGAACAGCAUGCCCUGGGAGGCCAGAACCACAGGCUGGUGGUCCCUCCACAGGAAGCAGCACCUGGUGCAGACACUGCUGGUAAGUACAGAGAGAGGCCCAGGCAUUGGCCACCAGGGGCCAUUAUGGCCAAGGACUUGGGCUAUGUGGACAGAAGAGGGGGUAAUGAGAAAACACAGAGACGCCCCCUGCCAAAGCACCCUCAGGCACACAGCCAGAUGCCAUCCGCUAUUCUUCCUAUUUCCCAGAAUUCUUGGAACAAUUUAUGAUAAGAUACUUAUGUUAAAGUAAAAGAUUAGAAGUCAUUAGUGGAGUAGGAGGAGACAAUUGUGCUUAAAACCUCCAUAAGUAAGACCAUAGCUUUAGCGGGAUCCUCUAGGCUUCUUUAUCAUCAUCAGGAGAACCCAGUGUGUCUCCCAGUGGGAAGAGAUGAGGAGUGUGAACUCACACUAGUAGAAGGGGCCCCAGAACCAGGUGGUCACUGCACUAGCAAUGACUUAGUGAUUGCAGAAGACCGAGUGCAGAGAUGGAUUACUACUAUUUUGCAAAUUUAUUUUAAAGUGCACCAGGAGGGCGCUAACUGAAGGAGAAAGUGGUAAAUUCCCAUAAGGCAAAAACUUAUCACCGAGUUUAAGUCGGUGUGAGCUCAGGCUUUUACAUACCAGGUUAAGGGUGGGCAACACCCAAGGAGCUACAGAGCGCCCACACUGGGUCCUCUAGCAGCCAAGGCGCGUCCGCCAGAAGGCCACGUCCAGCUCCGCGGGGACAGGUCUGGAGGAGAGGGGGCGGGCAAGGUCGCAGCUGGGCUGCCAGGGCAUCUGCUAAAAUGCCCGCUUCCUCCCCGCGCAGACCGAACCUAGAGCGCCGCGCCCUGCAGCCCUCCAAUAACGAUGUGAACUCCCUGAAGCUACUGUCUCGUGUUCUCUCAGUCGUCCCCUCCCUUGCCCACCCGCGCUGAGACCCUACCCCGCGCGGGGGCUGGAGGGACGCGGGCCGGGCCCGCCGGCGGGAGGGACACGGGGCGGGUCAUGGCAGGCCUCGCAGGAAGGGCGAAGCCAGAGCCAGCGGGCCCGGGGUGGACGCAG